UCUCUGCCUGGAAGAGAGCAAUGAUCCAAUCUGUUCACGAGGACGCCAUGCCGACCACUGCCUCUUUCAGUUGCAAAAUGUUCAACGUCACCUCGCAAGUCCUUGAACCUGCUCUCAACGGGACCCCUCCCCAGGGCAGCGGCUGCGUCCACUCCGACUGGUCGAGCUGGCUGAACACCAUCCAGUCCCCCUUCCUCUGGGUCCUCUUCGUACUGGCAGCUCUCGAGAACGUCUUCGUCCUCAGCGUCUUCUGCCUGCACAAGAGCAGCUGCACGGUGGCGGAGGUCUACCUGGGCAACCUGGCCGCGGCUGACCUGCUCUUGGCCUGCGGGCUGCCCUUCUGGGCCAUCACCAUCGCCCACAACUUCGACUGGCUCUUUGGGGAAGUCCUGUGCCGCGUGGUGAACACCGUGCUCUACAUGAAUCUCUACAGCAGCAUCUGCUUCCUCAUGCUGGUGAGCAUUGACCGCUACCUGGCCCUGGUGAAGACCAUGUCCGCGGGCCGGACGCGCAGGGUGCGCUGGGCCAGGCUCUACAGCGUGGUGAUCUGGGGCUGCACGCUCUUCCUGAGCUUGCCCAUGCUGGCCUUCCGGACCAUGCAGGAGUACAGGGCCGAGGGCCACAACGUCACCGCCUGCGUCAUCGUCUACCCGUCCCGCAGCUGGGAGGUCUUCACCAACAGCCUCCUGAACUCCGUGGGCUUCCUGCUUCCCCUGAGCGCCAUCGCCUUCUGCACCGUGCAGAUCAUGCACGUGCUGCGCAACAACAAGAUGCAGAAGUUCAAGGAGAUCCAGACGGAGAGGAAAGCCACCGUGCUGGUCCUGGCCGUGCUGCUACUGUUCAUCGUCUGCUGGCUGCCCUUCCAGAUCAGCACCUUCCUGGACACGCUGCAACGCCUCGACAUCCUCUCCGGCUGCUGGGUCGACAUCUUCACGCAGAUCGCGUCCUACGUGGCCUAUAGCAACAGCUGCCUCAACCCGCUGGUGUACGUGAUCGUGGGCAAGAGCUUCCGUAAGAAGUCGCGGGAGGUGUACGGGCGGCUGUGCCGGCAAGGGGGCUGCGGGUCGGAGCCCAGCCCGACGGAGAACUCCAUGGGCACGCUGCGGACCUCCAUCUCAGUGGAACGCCAGAUUCACAAACUGUCGUAGUGGGUGGGGAGCAGCCAGUGAGCAGAUGUCACCAGGGCUACUAACGUGGGUGACGGUUGUUGGACAGUGGUUCUCAGGAUGUGCCCUGGGAGGAAUGGAAGGAAUCCCAAGUGUGACCUUGGGCAGUGAGUCGGUGUCUCCAGUAAAUUCCUCCCCGGCUCAAGUUGCAGAUAACAAGGCUGUGAGGUUGGAGUGAUCUGGUACACAGCCAAGGGCUCCAGAAACACAAGAGUAUUAUGGUUCUUAUUUGCUGCCACCCCUAGACCAGAGUGCUGCUUUCCAGGAGUGGAGGGAGCCUGGGGGCAGGGACAGGAGUGACGGAGCUUCCCUCCCACGUGGUGUCCCACCUUGCCCCAGCACGACAGCUCAGAUCUCCAGACAUGCCACCCAGCUUUGGUGCAGCUGCUGCGUGCCCGCGCAGGGCUCAGCUGAAGUUUUGCCCUGAGUUUCUUUAAUCCGCUCAGCUAGGACCUUGGAGGACGAUUUCUCAGGUGAAUGAAGGUUAAACUCCGAGAGAUCCGUGGUGUGAACCCGGAGACCAGUAUUCUUUCAUUUCCCUCAUGGAAAGACAGGUGGUCUGUGCCAAAGAAGAACCCAAUAAGCACUUAUGCAGCACUUGCUGUAUAUGCAGCCUUGAGCACUGUGGGUAAGAGAAGAAAGAGAAAGUACCGUCUCGGUCUUGAAGGAACUUGCAGCCUCAUGUGGGGAUAAGUCAGCACCUGCAGCCACCAGAAGCCUGUUUUAGACACGGUCAAGCAAGGCACUGUGGGCGGGGCAGAACGGAGGGGUGAGGAGAGGCCGCCCCAGCUCAGCCUAGAACUAAUUGCACGUGGCUGUGUCCCUGCCUCAGUUUCCUCCUCUGUAACACGAGGCUCUUGGGGGAUUAAAGGAGCUAACAGGCGUAAAAGUACUUUGACAAAUGAAGGUGCUACGUAAACGUGAGGCAUUAUUACACCCACAGAACAGGAAUGAAUUUAUUAUAAGGAGAAAGACACAGGUUCAGCAAAAGGUCCGUAGAGGCGAGUCGGUAGCUCACG